AUGACAUCCAAACGCCCCAAUUUCUUGGUCAUUGUCGCCGAUGAUCUUGGCUUCAGUGAUAUCUCUCCCUAUGGAGGUGAAAUCAAAACUCCAACAUUGGAGAAGCUUGCAAAGGAUGGAAUUCGAAUGACAAACUUCCAUACUGCAUCUGCUUGCUCUCCUACUCGAUCAAUGCUUUUCUCUGGCACUGAUAACCAUAUCGCUGGUCUUGGUCAAAUGGCUGAGGUGAUGCAGGCCUUCGGAAAUUAUUAUAAUGACAAGCCAGGGUAUGAGGGAUAUCUCAACUGGCGUGUUGCGGCUUUGUCCGAGAUUCUGCAGGAUAACGAUUACCUGACUAUCAUGUCCGGUAAAUGGCAUCUUGGAUUAACAAAAGAGCUUUCCCCUUCGAAUCGUGGCUUCACCAAGGAUUUCUCUCUUUUGCCUGGAGCUGGUAAUCACCAUGCUUGGGAGCCUCAGUUUGAUGCGGCGAUAGGAAAACAUCCUAUUAUCGCAGCCAAUGGUCAUUGGAUGAGCGAUGGCGAGUUUGUUAAUGCGAAGGAGCUGGGUGAAGACUUCUAUUCGACAAAAUCCUUCACAGACCGUAUUCUGGGCUACCUGGAUGGUAGAACAGAGACUGAGAAGGAGCAGCCGUUCUUCGCCUAUCUGCCUUAUACUGCGCCCCACUGGCCAUUGCAAGCUCCAAAGGAGGUUGUCGAAAAAUAUGCUGGUGUUUAUGACGAUGGCCCAGACGCCUUGGCGCAGAAACGUCUGCAACGUCUGAAAGAACUUGGUCUUGUUGCAGAGAACGUUGAGGCUGCUCCCCCAUCUGGCCGUUUGGGUCAGCCAUGGAAUGAGCUCAGUGAAGAAGAAAGAAAGAUCUCCGCGAGAAAAAUGGAAGUAUUCGCCGCCAUGGUCGAGGUGAUGGACGACCAUAUUGGACGUCUCAUCGAUCAUCUGGAAUCUACCGGAGAAUUAGAUAAUACCUUUAUUCUCUUCAUGUCUGACAAUGGAGCAGAGGGUGCUUCCCUUGAAGCCCUUCCACUCAUGGGAGGUAAAAAAUCAUUCGGAGAUAUUAUCGAAGAAUAUUAUGAUAAUUCUCUCGAAAAUAUCGGAAACAAGAAUUCCUACACUUGGUAUGGUCCUCGCUGGGCUUGUGCCGCUGAGGCUCCAUCCCGAGGAUUCAAAGCGUGGAUCACAGAAGGUGGAAUCCGCUGCCCAUGCCUGAUUCGCUAUCCUGGAUUCAAGCCCGAAGAAUAUGCUGUGACCAACCGGUUCUCCACGGUCAUGGACAUCCUGCCCACAAUUUUGGAACUUGCUCAGAUUCCUCAUCCAGGCAAUACCUUCAGAGGGCGCGAGGUCGUCAUCCCGCGAGGCAAGUCGUGGGUGCCUCACCUGAAAUCCCCUGACUAUAGUGCUGCCGACUCAACUAUCCAUGGUGAAGAUGUGCAUAUUCAUGGAUGGGAGUUAUUUGGACAACGGGCUAUUCGCGAAGGCAAGUGGAAAGCUGUCUUCAUUGACCCGCCGCGUGGAAAGGGUGAUUGGGAGCUAUAUAACAUGGAAGCCGACCCAGCGGAGCUGAAUGACUUAUCAGAGAUUGAAAAAGAAGUCAUGGACCGAUUAGUUGAGCAUUGGGAGCGCUAUUAUGCUGAGACGGGUAUGGUGCAGGCACCAGGACAGUUCGCAUUCGCGAAAGCGUAA